AUGGCGAAUUGGAGCAGUAGUGUGCCUGCGGGCAUCCUGGGCGGACUCGCCGGACUCAUGAUCAUCUUCAUCUGGUGGUGGUUCCCUCGCACCUGGAGAAAGGGCGUGAAGCAGGAAAACGCCCAACUCGAUGACGUGGAGAUUCAGGCGGAAAGAGAAAUGGUGAUUCAAAAUGCGCGAAACAUAGUCGACAAUUACCGCGAAACACUCAAGUUGCGAGAAUUAGCCAAGAAUGCAAAGACACAAUCAACAGAGAUUGCCGUGGAGGAACAACCCGGGAUGCUUGAACCUGCUGCCGAAGAAGAAGAAUCAGCACCGGACCAAGCAGGGAAUGUCAGGACCAGUUCGAACCCACCACGUCCUGGUGCCAGAUCUGGCAGCCCAACCUCUUGA